CACACACACACACACACACACACACUGAGAGAAGCAGCAGCAACAGCAGGAGUCUGUUGUGAAGAGGCUGUCAACUGAAGAUCUCAUCUGGGAUUUUCCUGUUGUAAUACUAAUGGACAUCUCUGAUUUACAACAUCCCAUUUGAUCCCUUUAAAUCUGAACCACUCCCAGCAGCUCAUUCUCUACUAAAGCGAAUCAAACACAGAGAUGUCUCUCUGUGAAGAACGUUAAGUCGAACCGACAGAUCCGUUUUAAGACAUUCCACAUCUUUUGCUUUGCGAAGAAACAACACAAGGUCACAUUUAAAGGUAGACUCCCUGCAUGGGAGAGUCCUGGUUCAAUCAAACUGAGGCUUUUAAAGAUCGCCCGUCUCCCAUCUCCGGUUGACCCUCCGCACUCAACUUUCUGUCAGGAUGAGUGACUCACAGGAAGCGACAUCCCCGGUGGCAGGGAUAGGAGGCCCUGCUGCUUGUGUUUCCAAGGUGGAGCUGCGUGUUUCCUGCAAGUCCCUGUUGGACCGAGACACGCUCAAUAAGUCUGACCCCUGCGUCAUGCUCAUGGUACAGAACCAAGGUCAAUGGACUGAACUGGACCGUACCGAGGUGAUCAAGAGUAACCUGAAUCCGGUCUUUGCUAAAGUCUUAAUGCUGGACUACUACUUUGAGGAAGUACAGAAACUACGCUUUGAAGUCUACGACAUCCACGGAACCCACAGUAUUGGAACGCGCGAUGACGACUUCCUGGGUGGUGUGGAAUGCACGCUUGGACAGAUAGUGGCCCAAAAAAAGAUGGUGAAACCUCUGUUGCUGAAAUAUGGAAAAUAUGCUGGAAAAUCCACUAUCACAAUUCACGCUGAAGAGAUUUCUGGGAACAAUGGUUACGUGGAGCUUUCCUUCUGUGCCAAGAAGUUGGAUGAUAAGGAUCUCUUCAGCAAGUCAGAUCCAUUCUUGGAGAUUUACCGGAUCAAUGAUGAUGGAACAGAACAGCUUGUACACAGAACUGAAGUGAUUAAAAACAACCUGAACCCUGUGUGGGAACCCUUUAAGGUGUCACUCAUUUCUCUGUGCAGCUGUGAUGACGAACGGAAGUUAAAGUGCUUAGUCUGGGACUAUGACUCAAGGGGAAAGCAUGACUUCAUUGGUGAAUUCUACACUAAUUUCAAAGAAAUGCAGAAGAUUUCCUCUGGAAACAAGGUCACAUGGGAUUGCAUCAAUCCAAAAUACAAACUGAAGAAGAAGAACUACAAGAACUCUGGGUUGGUUAUUCUCAGUGAUCUCAAGCUUCACAGAGUCUAUUCCUUCCUCGACUACAUCAUGGGGGGCUGCCAAAUACACUUCACAGUUGCUAUUGACUUCACGGCGUCCAAUGGGGACCCUCGCAAUAGCUGUUCCCUGCACUACAUCAACCCAUAUCAGCCGAACGAGUAUCUGAAAGCUUUGAUAGCCGUGGGGGAGAUCUGCCAGGAUUAUGACAGUGACAAACGAUUCUCCGCUUUGGGCUUUGGGGCAAGAAUUCCACCUAAUUAUGAGGUGUCUCAUGACUUUGCCAUCAAUUUCAACCCAGAGGAUGAUGAAUGUGAAGAGAUCCAGGGGGUCGUGGAAGCCUACCAAAACUGCCUGCCCAAGAUCCAGCUCUACGGUCCCACUAAUGUGGCUCCCAUCAUCAGCAGAAUAGCUAAACUGGCGGCUGGGAGAGAACCCAUCAAAGACGCUUCUCUAUAUCAUAUCCUGCUGAUCCUCACAGACGGGGUGGUAACAGACAUGGCCGAUACACGGGAGGCCAUUGUUCGGGCCUCCUACCAGCCUAUGUCCAUCAUCAUAGUGGGAGUGGGAAACGCAGACUUCACGGACAUGCAGAUCCUCGAUGGAGAUGAUGGAGUCCUGCGCUCACCCAAAGGGGAACCUGUCUUGAGGGACAUCGUCCAGUUUGUGCCCUUCAGAGACUUUAAAACGGCUUCACCAGCUGCACUGGCCAAGUGUGUCCUUGCGGAGGUGCCUAAACAGGUAGUGGAGUACUUCAGUCACAAGGCCAUACCGCCCAUGAACCCAGUGCUGAAUUCAGCUCCCAACUCCAUCGCCAACACACCUGAAUAACACUCAAGCCUCCGGUCUAGCCCUGUACUCCUCCACGGUACUGCAAAGAGUAAGAGCUGGGACAGGGCUGCUCUGCCGCAACAUACAGUACACUGACUACAUUUUGUUCAUUCAUAAGGUGUUCAUACAUGACUGACGGUUUGGAUCUUGGUGGCCGAUCUUACCCUUGACACCAUGACUGCUCCCCCAGCAUGCAAACCGGAGUCCUUUUCAGACAGGGCUGACAGUACAUUGAAUUCCCAUCAUCACCACAGGCCUUCUGGUCCCCGCUGACUCUUUUCAACUGCACGAAGGACACUUCUGCAUUCUGCUGUUUUGUAUGUCCUUCAGAGCUUUCGAAGACUGCCCGUGGGCUCCUUUCAUUUCUGGACUCCCGGAGAACUGGAACAGAACUGGCCGCAAACGUUCAAUGUAAUAUGAAGAGUUAUUCUAUAGAUAAUUGCAUGUACAUUGACUGAAUGCUUUGGUUUUGCUGGACAAAUAUAGCUAAAAUCAUGAUCAUUUUGAUGUAAAGAUAAAGGGUGUGAAAACGGUCAUCAGCUGACUAGUCAAUUAGUCAGGUCAACUAGUUUUAAAUAUUUUAGCAGUGGUGCUUUAAUUAGCAUGCUGAUAGAGCGCUGUUUGACAAUUUGCACCGUGAAACCCACUUGGAAAACCUGCGUCUUUAAAUCCAUCACCUUUAAAGCACCGGUGCAACAGCCAUACACACGCAGACAUGCUGUUUUUUAAGCAUCUUACGCCAGUCUUAAGACACUGUGUCAAGUUAAAAAGAGUUUUUCAGAAAAAUACCUUUUAAAAAUGUUUCUGUUUCAUUCCAUUAUGUCUAACUUGAAUGCAUCUGUUAACAUCCCAUAACAAACACGUCUGAUUGGUGAAAAUGAAGCCAGCCUAAUUAUACAGGACUUCUUUAAGAAUUUUAAGUCAACUAGUCAGUAGGUUGCCUGAGAAUGUUUUGUUCACAUCCCUAGUCAUCAAUAUUGUGUGUCUCUGCGCCAAUGCUCUUACUCAAAUGUACAUUAAUUGAUAUUUUUUUCCUGUUUAAAUGGUUUGUGGAAACAGUUGAUCAUUGCCACAGGCACUGUGUCAAUCAUGAGAGACGUGUACAAAUCUCUGCUCUAGUUAAAAAGGUGAAGUAUAAUUUUUGUGCAGUUAGCAGAACCAAACAGAACUGUUUCAACACUGCCAAACAGAUAGUCCACCCCAAACUAUGUACCGUAUGGCAUAUCUUCCCUUGUGAAAAAAUGCGCUUUAUUGUAUUGAAUGUCCACUUAUAGUGUACUUCAAAUCUUAAAAGUAUAUAUUUAAAAAAAAAAAAAAAAUGUAAUAUAUACUUGUAGAUGAUAUAAUAUUAAUGAAAUAAAAGGCAACUUAAGUGUACUUAGAGAGAUUCCACUUUUAUGAAUGUUUCUUAACACACUUAAGUACACUUUUAAAAAGUACACUUUGUAAUAAUAUCAAAUUAAAAGUUUCUAAUCUUUAGUGUUUUUUAAAAGUACACUUAUUUUGAUGUGUUGACUAACAAACUAAAGAGCAUGUAAAUUGCUUGAUUCUAAUUUUAACUGUAACGUGUUAUGCAGUUAAUAUAAUUAAAAUGUACUAAAUUGCAACUUCACCAUUACAAAUAUAUUUAAAUACUGUACAUGACAUACGAGUUUAAAUAAAAAUGACAUUAAAGAAUAUUUUAAUUUACUGUAAUUGAAUGGUAAUUUACCAUACUUUAUUCCAUAUUUCAAAGACAACAGAAAUAAUUAUGAAAUUACAUAUAAAUAUGUACUUAAGUCCUAUUGAAGUGGUCCAAAAAACAGUCUUAGGGUUCAGCUAAUUGAAUUUAAUAUAAAUUUCAACUAUAAUACAUUUUCAUUUAAUUGUAAAUAAGAUGCAAUUACAUCUUAUUGCAAUGCAAACAUUACGCUGAGUUCACACUUAAGUAUAUUCUUUAUUAUUUCUGUAAUAAGUACUCUUUAAAAGUAUGAUAAAGUGUACCUAUUUUCACAAGGGUAGCCACAUUAUAUGUGAUAAAAAAAGCAUUUUAACAUUGAAAUGGCUUUAAAGCAU